AUGGAUUCAAAAUUGGUUUCUUUCUUGAUUUUUACUGUGAUUACUAUCAGUUGUUACGCGACAGAAGGAGACAAAGAAUACUGUAAUGGAGUCGUCGAAAUUGUUGAAAGAAAAAUUGUAAGAUAUUUGGAAAAUGUGGAGCAGCGGCACAAGUUCAUCGACGACAUGUUGGCCAAUAUGAAUGUGGAGGUAAGAUAUUUUUUGGAUUUUGAGAACAGGGGAUUAUUAAAGUUCUGGGGGAACAUUUUGUACGAUAUUUCGUAGGCAUAGCGGUUUGUUUUGAACUGUCCAAAAAGCACAAAUAUUUUGAAUUUUCUUUGGAAGGAGUGAUAGGAAAAACUAUUUCGCGUCUCGACGACAUUUCUCAUUUUGGAUCCGAAACAACACUGCUGAAUAGCUCGGCUGCCGCUGGCGCUAAAAGGAGUUGGUUUGUGGCCAGUUCCAAACCUGCAUCAAAAAUUUUAAGGACAUCUGAAUCCCCCACCUAAAACACUUACUACAGUGGGGGACCUGAUCCAGUGGCAAAAAACGUACCAUUUUGUAUCCGGGAAGUAUCAGAAAUGUGGCAAAAUGCUUCCCUCUAAAGGUGAAAAAAACUUACAGGGGAAGUGCUCCAAGUGCGACGCUCAGAUUUUCUUUAAAUUUUGCACACACGUCGGGUAUGGACUAAAUAUCAAUUCCUGAAAGGUUUAGCUUGCGCUUUGCGAGCGCCGCCGAGAUAUCCAACGAUUUUUGCCGCCGAGAGAGCGCGCAAAACGUGGAGAGCGGUCAGAGAGAAAAGAGCUUUUUGGCCAUAACUUUGGCAGUUUCGCGCGGAAAAAUUUGAUUUUUUGUAUAAACAUUAUCCUUUACAGUUGAAAUAGACACGAAACUUUUCAUGCCGAAAUUCGGCAAAAAGUCCGAAAUUUUCGCCGACUUUCGAUCUGAAAAUCUAGGUUGUUUCUGCAAAGCGCGAGCUAGGAUUCUCGCAUAUAUCUUAGAAACCAUUAUUCUAAAUUUGUGCCAAAUUUCAUCAAAAUCUGACGGUCGCACUUGGAGUACUUCCCCUGUUAGUUUUGAAGGCCGCGCCCUUUCCCUCACAAAAAGAGCGGGCGCGUUUUUGAAACCGGAGCUUUUUCACUUCGAGAGGGAUGCAUUUUGCCACAUUUUUGAUGUUUUCCGGAUGCAAAUUACGUACGUUUUUUGCCACUGGAUCAGGUCCCCCACUGUUGGAAAUGACACUAGUUUCUGUAAAAAAAUAAGUUGCGAAUUUGUCAACCAUUCCGACACAUCGAGAUUUUGCUCAUAUUCGUUGUACACUACUGGACAACCCACUCUGUAAACUGUAAUAUUUUAGUGCACAGAGAAAGAGAACUGUCCCAAGGAAUGUCUGGAUGGCCUGAAGAAAUGUUUGUUGAAACAACGAGAUCAGUCGAGGCGCUUGGAAAAGAUGGAUGAAUGCUGUUCCAAAUGCGAAUAA